CAUCCUAAGGCAUCGGUGACACAUGGGGCGAACGUCCAAGAACCAGAGGACAGCUCACCUCAACAUGCGGUCCAUAGGGUCAUACUUUCAGUCGACUUCGGGUUCGAGUUCAAGUUCAUUUGUCAUAUCAAAUUCAAAUACGCGGCUGAUCAGCUCAUAUUUCCAGCGACAUCCAGGACCAUCUGCCGAACUCGAGUCUUCGAUACCAGAUAGGGCAGAGAGGCACACUCCUGAAGACAAAGACGUUGAACAAUCGGAAGUGGCUGCCGACACCUCACUUGAAGAUGACCUCGAUCCUUCUAUGUCUUUUGAAAUGAGUCCACCACAUAAUCCAUUUAGCCCAGGAGACAAUGAAGACCUCAAUGAUACCUAUUAUGACGCUUCAGAUAGCUUAAAUCCAUCCAGCCCUGGGAAAAGCAGCAUCAAAUCAGAGGCAGGAGAGGCAUCAAAGCAUAAUGAGCCUAUUUCCACUGAUCUAGACUCUGUCGACAGCCUGGGUCUUAUGACCUUUAAUUCUCAAGUAUCGGGAGAGUCGCUUAGAAGGUUGGCUCUGUCUCCAAGGAAGGCAAAAUGGAAGGGAAUGACACCAGGAUCAAUGCCUUCUAAGCCCUCUUUGACCUUUUCAGAGAAACUGGCUGAAGAGAUGGGUACAAGUUUGGAAUUAAUGGACAGUAACAGUAAACUGAAGCCUCUGGAACUUGAAAACAUAAAGAAUAGUCCAUUUACAAAAGAUAUUGUAGAGGGGUCAGACUCUGGAUCAGAAGCAGAUUGGAAUGACACCAACAUUUUGGUGGCUGCCGAGAUUGAUGCUAUAGCCCCUCAACUCACAUCUUCAGGACAAGAAAUGGAAACCAACGACAGUAAUCCGAAUUUGGGACCGCUGGGCUCUGACGAUGACAUCCCGACCCUUAAGCAAUUCUCCAACAAGAUCGGUCCAAUGGUGUUGGAAGAGUCAGACUCUGAGCUUGAUGACGACCUCUUUUCAGGGAAUUUAAGUCCAGCCACCCCAACGCCAUCCACAGGAACUCCAGCUACAACUGAUGCCACUCCUAUAGAGGACGAGACGGAGUCAAAGUUAGAUAUGAAGCUAUCCGAUAUCGAUGCUGAGCUUGAGGAUAUACCGCUCCAACGUGCAACGGGUAGAGUGGUACAUGCGCAAACCUCGGCAAAAUCAGGUCGCACCUUGAGAAGUUCUGUUGCAAAGCCAGCGCUCAUUCCUGCUAUAUCACCAAAACUAACAUCCAAAACACCAAAAUCGACCCAAGCUAAGAAACAUUUCUUUUCAUUGGAUGUAUUGCUCAAAGAAAAGAAACGCAGGGAUGAGAUUGGAUAUGACAUCAAAACUGCAAGCGCCAAUACGACAUUGGAUGACAAUUUAAUUGAAGAAUUCGAUGAAGCUGAAGAUGAAGAGGUCAUUUCCGGACCUACUAUGAUCCCUAAAGGAGUCUUGUCCGAGGAACAAGAAGGUGCAUUGACAGAAAUUAUAGAAGAAAACUCAUCAGAGAUUGUUGAAGACUUUAUUGAGUUUUUUGUGCAUUGGCCGCAGGAAUUCGUUAUUCCAUCCUUGGAACUUGAGUUAGAGGGCGCGGAUGCUUCGGAUCAUGUCGUCCAAAAAGUCUUAGAAUGCACGAAGACCGAGACAGAAAGGAGACAUUUUUUAAUGUCUCCAUAUCUCAUGAUUAUCAGUGCCACGCCAUGGACCAUGCCUCGAUCGCUCUUCAAGUGGCUGCUACUUGUUACUGCAACUGAACAGCACCAACCUGUUACACUCUCAGUCUUUGCAUUGUUGCAGCGAAUUUUGACGCAGAGGACUUCGGUCCACGGAAUAGAUCAUCAGGAUUUGAUACGAGUGUUCGGGAUGUAUGGUGCAAAUGACAAAUGCCUUACACAAGAUUGGAGAGCAACACCAGUCACUAAGGAAACUCGAAAUCAGCGCUUGAUACUUCCGGAGACGAAGUCUUUUCCUAGGCAGAACCUUAAAUCUAUUAUCAAACUGGUGAACAUAACAGCAACAUUGAACCCUCAGUUCUAUGACUUUGUGGAAAUUCAGAAGAUUAUGAACCUGCUUCUCAGGAUGACUACAGAUCCUAUCAUUGGUGAUAUCAAGUCUCUUCUGGGAUCAACUAUGGUUGCUCUUCUUGACAUUAUCCCGGAGAGUGAUUGGGACAGCAAGCGUCAGCAACUCUGUGAGAGUAUCAUUUUUACUUUGGGAACAUCGUUACCGUUCAUAUUGCUCGUCUUGAACCAACUCCCUUCUCUUUCCCUUCGGAUCACAUUACUUCGUCGGAGUAUAGCCUUAGCAUAUUUACAGCAACCUCCUAUUCCCCCUGGUGGGACGGCGCCUAAUCUAGAUGAACUGCAUCGUGCAUUGUUUAUAGAUAAGGGCUUCCUGGUUGGUCCUGAGACAAACUACAAGGAUCUCGGCCGAAGGAUUAAGGUGCUUGGUUAUUGCUUGGACGAUGAACAAAUGAUUGCAGGGUAUGGCCGUAGUGCUUUAGAGCCACUGCUCAAGAAGCUACGUCGCAUGCAUGGGCGGAUUGUGGAUGUUCGAGCAGCAUUUAUGGAACGAACGUUGACUAAGGAUAUCAUUCAGCGAUUAUAUAUGCGAAUAUACUAUGCUGGAAUCCAUCGUCAAAUGGUGAAACAGUCUACUAUCAAUUUUAAUUCAAUUCAGACAAAGGUUCAGACAAACGGACAAGCCCCACCGACUACUAAUAUUGCCAAUCUACGCUCGAUACCAGAACUUGCUGCUCCUGUUACGAAUGAUUUGGCCGCGGAUGUGGAGCAAUCUGAUAGCAAGGUUGAUGAUUAAUGUAAAUAGAGCACCGGUUCUUCUUCUGGC